AUGUACGAUGCGAUCACGGCCCCAUACCGAGACCAGCGAGCCUGCCAGUCCAAAGACAGUCCUGCACACGCCGAGCACAAAGGGCCGGUUGCCGCGACCCUCGACUUGCUGUCGGUCUGCUUGGAGGUGUACUUGGCCGAGAUUGACGGUCCGACGCACCCGCCGCAGUUUGUCCGUGCUUCCCUCGACGUUUUGGACCACUGCAUUGGUGCGUUUACGCCGACCGAUGCGGCGACCGUCGGGCGCCUCACGACGACCUUACUGGACGCCGGCGACGCCCACGAGCGAGCCUCCCGGUGGAUUUUGCAGUGGUGUGACGAGGCGCGUGCGUUUUUGCAAGGAUUUCUAGACCUGCGCGGGUCCGACAAGCCUCGUGACGGCCAAGUGCUCGUGUCUGCCAUCUUGACAGAGGGACGCACGAUCCUCAUGGAUGCUGUCGGCUCGCUCGCCGACACCAUAAGCUUGCUCGAGGCAGCGCAGCAAGAUCUCGACUGGCUUCUCUCAAGGCCAGAAGCUUCCUUGGGCGUGCUGCGAGUGGCGUGCGCUCAGCCAAAUGACGCCGAGGACUUUGAAGUGGUCGACGUCGAGAAGGGCGAUCUCAACGAGGUGCCAAUGUCGUUCCAAGAUCACCUGCGCUGCCUCGCGACACGAAUGGAAGACGUCAUUACGCUACUGAACAACGGCAUGACGACCUUGAAGGGCAUGAAUGUCAAGAACGAGCUCGGCAGGCAGAUACAGAACCCAGCUUCGUGGGAGCAAAUGGACGAGCGGUAUCUGUAA